AUGGCGACUGAUCAGACGUCUGUUCAGGCGGCUGAUCAAGUUUCUAGUAAUUCUGAAACGUUGAAUUACACAAAGUCUAAAUCCUUAGGCAUAGAGGAUAGAUUAAUAAAGAAGGAUGACGGUCAGUUACUUUGGGUUGGCGAUUUCGAAGAAUUAAAACGCUUUUCCAAGGAAGUUUUACAUCUCCCUGGAAAAUGGACAUCGCCGGGAGGUGAUGCUAAAUCAUAUUCCGACAAAAACCUCAAGCUUAAAUGGUCGGGACCGAGCAAGAAAAAGCUACUAGUUGUGAAAGACGAAAAUUCGUGUAUUUCGAAUAUCCUGAAAGAGAAAACAUCGAUGAAAACCACUGAAAAAUCUGUUUGUACCGACGAACACGUGGCCACCAUGACAUCAACCGAAGCGACCGGAAAAUCUGAGCAUCAUGAAACAUGUGAUAAAUGUCACUCAAAAGAUACAGAAAUCUUGCAUAUGAAGAAGGAAAUAACUGAAAUAAAAACUAUUAUCAAAGAAUUGAAAAAAAAUCAACGUGAAAGUGAAUACGAAACCGAGAAAAGCUUAUCUAAAACGAAAGACGCCAUGAAAAAUAUGUCAACAUUGAAUUACAAAAUGGCGGACGAAAUUGAAUCACUUAAAACAGUGAUCGAACAAAUUACCAGCAAGAAUAAUCAAAUGAAAAUUAUUCUAGAAAUGAAACAAAAUGAAUGGAUUGAGGUAAAAAAAAACAAAGCAUCUAGUACGACCAAGUCAACAUCUGUAACAUCAACACCGAAAAGUUAUGCUGCAGUGGUCUCAAAUAGCUUUGAAAGCCUUGUAGACAAACAUACUACAAAUGAAUCGUCCAAUGAUGAUCUAAGUCAUCUAACCGAAACGUCUGUGGAAAAUGACAACUUCAAUUGUCCACCUGAGAACAUCAGUUCUCGUUCUCAAUCAACUAUCGAUCAACAAUCAAACAAGAAUGAAAGUAAUGUUGACAAUCCCAAUCCUACAAAGAAAAUUUUGAACCCACCAAAAGUACUCCUAAUUGGUGACUCCAUGGUCAAACACAUUUGCCAAGAAAAACUAUCCUAUGCAGCGAAAGCAAAGACUAUAUGCAAGUCGUAUCGAGGUGCAAGGAUCAAAGAAGUACACAAGAAUCUGAAAAAGGAUUGUGGGGAAGGAAGAACAUCAAAGUUGCACAGCAUUAUUGUUCAUGUGGGAACUAAUGACUUAGUGUCUGAUGAUGUGAAUACGUCAGUUAAAGAAAUGGAAGAGAUCAUUGUAGAAGCAAAGACACACGCACAUAAUGUUGCCAUAUCAAGUGUGGUAAAGAGGUAUGACAAUAAAGUACCUAAUUCACGGGUAGCUCACUUUAAUAAUUUAGUGCAUGAUUUGUGCAAGAAGCAUAAAAUAACAUUCAUCGAUAAUGAUAACAUUGAUAAAUCUUACCUAAAUAGAUCAAAUCUUCACCUUAACUAUAAUGGUGAUAAAGCCCUUGGAAAAUCACUAUGUUCCUACCUACGAUCAGUGAGAUCUGGAAUGAGCUAUACUCCAGAUAGUCAUUCUUUUCGUCAAAGCAGGCGAUCAAUGGGUCGCCAAAAGAACUGGACAGCAUGUUUAUCAUACCUGGCCAACAUUGCCAGAGUGUUUCAACAGUAGAUGAUAGUUUUCCACUUCACAAAACAAGCAUGAGUAGCGAUUUGUCCAAUAAAAUUAAUUGUCUGCCAAAGCAGCGUGGAUUUAAAAUGGCAUUUCUAAACAUAGUCAGUUUGCCAAAACGAUUUGAUAAAAUAAAUUUCACUAUGUCAAACAAUUUAUUUGACAUAUUUUCCUUUAGCGAAACCAGACUUGACUCAACAAUAACUGAUAAUAUGAUAAAUAUAGAUGGGUAUGAUGUUAUAAGAAAAGAUAGAAAUCGAAAUGGUGGGGGUGUUUGUAUAUACCUUCGAAACUCCAUAAAUUAUCAAACUAGACAUGACCUAAUACCACCAGAUCUAGAAGCUAUAUGCCUUGAAAUAUCCAAGCCAUAUAGCCGACCAUUUGUGGUUGUCUCAGUUUAUAGACCACCUGAUGCAUCAGAUGAUUUUUUUACCAGUUUUGAAAAUUUAUUGCAAACUAUUGAUAAUGAAAAUAAAGAAAUCCUUAUCCUAGGUGAUCUUAACUGUGACCUACUUAAGCCCAAUCCCAAUCACCCAACAAAUAAAUUAAGGUCUCUUUUCGAAAUUUAUCAAUUAACUCAAUUAAUUGAUGAAGCAACACGAAUUACUGAGACAUCAUCUACACUUAUUGAUCACUUUAUUACAAAUGAACCUGAAAAAAUUUCUAAAUGUGGUGUGAUUCAUACUGGAAUCAGUGACCACAGUCUCAUUUAUGCCAUUAGGAAGAUUAAUAUAAACCAUAAAGAUAAAGAAAAUAUUAUUGAAAUUAGGAAUAUGAAAAACUUCAAUGAAAAUAAGUUCUUGCAUGAUCUUAAAAUCCAGUCAUGGGAGAAUGUCUACUUUUUUGCAGACAAUCCCAACAGUAUGUGGCAAAUUUGGAAAGAGCUAUUUUUACAGGUUCUAGAUAAACAUGCCCCUCUUCAAAGUAAAAAGAUAAAAUCUAAAAAACUACCUUGGAUUACUAAUCAUAUUAAACAAAUGAUAAUCACAAGGGAUAAAUUGAAAAGAAGAGCAAUCGUAACGAAACUUGAGUCCGAUUGGGAAAACUAUAAAAGAGCCAGGAAUGAAACAAAUACUCAGUUAAGACUGGCUAAAAAAGAGUAUUACACCAAUAAAAUUUCUUCUGAGAGCCAAAAUCCAAAAGCUGCUUGGAAGACAAUUAAUAGUUUAAUUGGUAAGCAAAAUAGACCUACUAAAGUGAAUGAAUUAAAUAUAAAUAAUGUAAAACUAACAAGCCCUGAAGACAUAGCAAAAGGUUUCAAUGACUACUUUGCAAAUAUUGGACCUAACUUAGCAGCUGAAAUUGAUACAACUGAAUGUCAUUUUAAGGACUACCUUAAGAAAGCUGAAUCUGAAUUUACUGCAUUCAAACCAGUUACUACAAACCAUGUCUGUUUUUUGUUAUCUCAACUAGCUGGCAACAAAGCUACUGGCUUAG